UUUAUCAAGGUUUGACUUUUUUAAUACAGUGCCUCGCAGCUCGCACGUUAGACGUUAGACUUUUCAGUUGAGGUAGUGAAAGGAAAGUCUAAUAAUGAAGCUGCACUGUUCUGGAAUAUAAUUUUAGCCUUAAUAGGAAACACUUGCAUUAAAAUUAAUAAAAACCGCAACGCAAUGAAGAGAUUACAAAAAAGAAGCGGCUAGGAAUCAUGCAGAAGGAAGAUUGGUGUCUGGUAGUGGACUAUAGAAAUAAAGGCGCUGCAAAGCAAGACAUUGAAAAUGCCAACGAUAUUGAAAUAUUGCAAAAAAUAGUUGAACCUUGUAUUUUUAGAACUUUCCAAUUUGCAAGCAAAACAAAGUUCCGCCUCAUAGCUUUGCUUGAGAACGAAGAAAAUCUUAGGAAAUAUUUUAACAUUGAAGAUGAUUGCAACAAACCAAAGAUGUUUUUUAUCUUUUUAUUAUCUCAUGGGACCGAAAAUUUGUUACACCAUGAAAGAAAAGUGGGAGAUCCAUCGUCUAGCUCAUCACAAAAAUCCAUUAAUGAAAAAUCAGGAAAUGAAGACGUUUACGAGGCGUGUUCGCGUAAUCGCUUCAUCGAUUCAACACUAAUAAUAUUAUUUCAGGAAACAACAAGAGUGGUAAGGCCAGAGAAAAACAAGAAAAAUAUUGUGAAAAGAAUAUCAGUUGAUCAAUCAGCCAGAAAUAAUUUUGGUUACAUAAAUACAUGUAUAGAACCUAAAAGUCAUGCAAGUUUUUACAGUGUUUCUUGGCUAGUAAAAGCUGUGGUUGACACCGCAAAGUAUAUGAAAAAAGAUACACCAAUGCAUAUUUUGCUGACAAAAGUCUGUGUGAAAACGUUAUCUUUGUGCCCUGACCAAACCUUGGAGUUAAAAUUUCCAGCAUUAAAUCGGCAGAAUGUUUUCAAGAGAUCGGCCGUUAAAGAUGACUCAAAUUCUCCUCCAGACCAUACAAAAUACAACGACGCUUAUGAAGUAAAGAAAAAAUUCAAACUAGCAAUCAACUUGCACAGAAUGUUUACUUUUCCAUACGAUUUUGAUGAAAAGAAUGAAGUCAAAAGCAAAGAUUUAGUCGAGUCGGGAUUCUACCUGAAUUCUAACACUGAAAAAAUCUGUUGCUACUUUUGUGACCUCAUCAGUGACGUGAAAGAAUGGCGAGGUCUUAAUUUUGCAGAGAUCCUUGACAGACAUCAUAAAUUGAGCCCUGACUGUCGAAUUAUGUACUCAAACUCUGAUAAUGUGUCUCAUGAAGUUUCUCGAGGCUCCAUUGGAAACCGCAAUUUUUACAAAUACGAAACAUACAGGCUGUAUUCACUUAUCAAACACAUGGAGCAUUGGAAUUACGUCAAGCCAAGUGAUAUGGCCGCCUGGGGAUUUUACUACGUUGGACCUGGAGAUUCAGUGCAAUGUUUCUCUUGCAACUUGAUUCUUUCAAGUUGGGAACAAAAUGACUCUGCGAAAUCAGAACAUAUUCGCUGGAACGCCGAUUGCCCUUUCCUGAGGUCAAACGGCUCUUACUGUAAUGUGGUGAUUGGAGAAGAAAACCUAAAUUCAGACUCGACUUGUGAUUGCGCUCAUGGCCGCCGAAGUCAUACUCCGACGCCUCCUCGCCCAGUGCAGCCCGAAUUUACCCGACAAUAUGGACCACGAGUGAUUGCAAAAGCGCCACCGAAUUUUCAGUUCUUGGUAUCUUUUGGCGACGACAGUGAAAUGGGAAUGAUUUACCAAACACCAACAAAAUUUUCAUCAAUGAAAUCUGCUAUGAAGCGUGAAUCAUCGUUCACAUCAAAUAAUGAGAACGAAAUCCCUGCCGAAUUAAUAGAGUCACUUGUAAAUUGCGGAUUCUUUUAUCAAGAAAACAGCAACAAAGUCAGCUGCUACGAUUGUGGGCUAUCUUUUGACCCGACGUUAGAACUCGAGAUACUUUACGAUAUUGAAAUGGAACAUGCAAAAAGAAGCCCCGAAUGCACAUAUUCCUUAAUACGAAAAUCAGAAAUGAAUGAAAAUCUAUCAAUGAACGUGGAGUGCUCAAACUGUCAAUUGAUCGAAAACGCACCUGGAGAGUUAAUUUGCUACCUGCCUUGCGGACACGUUCACCGAUCUGGGUGUUUUGAAACGAGCGAAGAAUGCAACAAAUGUGGGAAAGCGGUCUAUGGUGGGAUAAAAAUGUUCUUUUAAAUUAUUAAAU